UCUUGCUUUCAUUACAAAACGAUGUCGGACAGGGAAGGACCGUCGGGCGCACCCCCCACCGAUGAAGAUCUUUCGUUGCCAAAGGCCACGGUCACGAAGAUGAUUAGUGAAUUGCUCCCAAAUGAUAUCUCAUGUGCAAAGGAGACGAGAGACUUGGUGAUAGAGUGCUGUGUAGAAUUUAUACACCUAAUAUCGUCGGAAGCCAAUGAGAUCUGCGAACAAGAGUCAAAGAAGACCAUAGCACCAGAGCACAUUAUUUCGGCGCUGAAGCGGCUGGGCUUUGAGUCAUUCUUAGCGGAGGUGGAGGACGUUCUGAAGGACCAUAAGCAAUUACAAAAGGAUCGGGAGAAGAAAGUUUCCAAGUUCGAGCAGUCUGGGCUCACAGAAGAGGAGCUGCUACAGAAACAACAGGAACUAUUUGCCGCAAGCAGAGCUAGGUUUCAACAGGGCCAACCAUGAUGAGGAAUCUACAAGGGGACUACGUGCGAAUAUACUCAUAUGUAAUGCUAGCGGACUUGUUGUACAUUGUAUCUCUACAUCCUCCCCUCGCGCAGUAUAUUAUUAUCUAUUCUAUAACUUCAACUGGCCUACCCUCGCUCGUAGCUCUUCUAGCCUUCGCUGUGGUGAGUCGUCGUUCCACAGUUCCGAAGCGUCUUCCGCCGCUGACAGGCGUGGCAAUCCUUCUUGUUCGAUGAUAAAAGACGCUGAAACCGUUGCGUAAAAUACGGCUUCAUAGACGUCCCCAAGACCCAGCAGGAGACCAGCACCAAGUCCGCCUAGGAACCCAUUCCCCGCACCAGUGACAUCAACCACCUUCUCGGCGUUGUCAGACCAGAAAGCAGGUAUCCACUGCCCACCUUUGCGUCGGGUUGUGAUGUAAGCGCCCAGACUACCACUCCUUAUGAUCACCCAUCCGUCACCAUUCCCACCUACUCCGUAUUCCAGAAAGCGAGCAGCUGCCUCCUCUACUGCUGAUCUUGUAACAGUAGGACCCAUGGACAGGAGGGACAAAGCCUCUUCUGCAUUAGGGCUAAGGAUGGAUAUCGCGGGAAGUACUUCGAUGAGGGCUGGCAAUUCCUCCGGGACACACCUAUCAGGUAUGGGCUCGUAAAUGGUUAUGGGAUCCCAGCCUGGCUCUGCGUGAACUUCGGAGGU